CGUACUUUUACAACUUUACAAUCGUGGGAUUACAAUUUUUAAUAUUAUUUUUUUAGAACACUUUUAAUCUUCGUACUUUUAAUAUUAAUAUUUUUUUUAAAAAAAAGAUGCACUUAUUUUUCGACGCGGUGAGAAUAAAAGCAUGAUUAUCGUUGAAAUUGUUAGAGAGUUUCUUAAAGAAAAAAAUUUGUCUGAUUAAAAUUUUUUUUUGAAAAAAAAAUCAACCGCGGGGCAUCAAGUAUUAGUGGAAUCCGCAAACCGUACAAAAAACUAACCAAGAUCAAUCCUUAAUUUAUUAUUUUGUAACCGAUUAUUAUGCUUUUGUAGGGCCCAAGCCCUUUAAACCCCCAUAGGACCCCUUUAAAUACCCGGAUAAAAAUAGUCUGAGUAAAAGAAACGAUGAUAACACGUAGAUACACUUAUAAUUCACGACUUAGAACAUGUUCACAUAAUACUAGUUGUUGGGUCAAACUAUUUAUUAGAAAAUAUAAUAAUAACAACAUUUUUUCUGCUUGUUAUACUAAAAUUAAAAUUAUGUAGAGACACCUUAGAGGAUUAUUGCAAGGAAAUGGUGAAAUUGUGCGAGAACUUGAUGAAGAUAUUGUCGAGAAACUUGGGAUUACAAGAAGAUAGACUUCAAAAUGCGUUUGGUGGUAAAGAGGAAGCAGGAGGAUGCUUGAGGGUUAAUUACUAUCCAAUAUGUCCUCAGCCGGAGCUGACUCUCGGCCUCUCUCCGCACUCUGAUCCCGGAGGAUUGACGAUUCUCUUGCCGGACGAAUAUGUCACCGGUCUUCAGGUCCGUGGAUCCGACGAUGCUUGGAUCUCAGUCCAACCAGCUCCUCAUGCUCUCAUCGUUAACAUUGGUGACCAAAUUCAAGUAAGUAUCUAUUAUGUUUAUUUCAGUAUUAAUUUUUUUAAUAUAACGGGGUCAUUUGAACCGAAACUCGAACUAGUUAAAAACUUAAAAUCAUAUAUUUUAUUUGCUAGCUUUGCAUGCUAACCAUAAUCUAUCUUUUUCACUAGUAACUAGAUGAUAAUAGCAUCAUCAUUGAUUAUCUUGUAUGAGUUUUUCAACUAUAAAAAUAAUAAUAAAAUUAAAUUAUGCAUUAUAUAUAGGGAAUUUGCACUAGAUGGUAAAGUUUCGUCUAGAUAUUAGCUAGGUGGUAAAAGGGCUGUAGCAAUUUCGGUAAUCCCAGAACUAUCCCUCAUUUGAUAAAAGAGUGGAGCACAUGCGCCUGUCAAAUUACUGACGUCACAACAGGUUGAGGCGGUUGCAUAAAGGAAAAGAUAAUUAUGCAAAGAACAUAAGGUGUUGAAAUAUCUAUAAGUGUUAAAAGUGCAAAGACCCCUAGAUUUUUUCGUUCAGACUUUCGUUCUACAACAUAUGUGAUUUUUGAAACUAAAUCUCAGGUCUUAUUUAUUUGCCACCAACCUCUGUUUUCUCUACAAAUCGCUCAUAGACGUUUCUAAAAAAUCUGUUUUCUCUAAAAUCAAAAUGGUUUCUUCGAGAAUAGUCGAUUACCAUGAAGAUCUCGUGGAAGAACCCGAAGUUGAGUUACCUCAGAUGGUUUUUGCGGAUGGCGAGGAACCAGUCGGCGUCAGAGUGCUUACUUACCAGUCUUCUCGAGCAAUAAACACCAUACUUAAUGCUCUCAACGAAGCUGAGAUCCAGUACCUGAGAGAGUCGUCGUUUGGUAAACUCAUCGAGAUAGCCGAAAAACCUGCAUUUUCUGGUAGAUUUGCUAGAUAUCUACUAUCUCGACAGUUGAAGGUCGAAAAAAAACACGAAGCUUGGUUUCGGUUUGCCGGAAAUCCUAUUAGGUUUUCAUUGAGGGAGUUUGCCAUAGUCACUGGGCUUCCUUGCGGUGAAAUCCCCAAAAAGCAGAAGAUGAAGAAGAAGAAUAUCAACGAGAAACCUUAUUGGCCCGAACUAUUUGGGAGUAUGGAAGAAAUGCGAGUAUCUCAGGCUGUGAAGAUGCUACGAAAAAAAACGGUUACAGAUCCAGAUAUCCGGAUGAAAUUGGCAUGCCUUGCAAUAGUUUCAUCUGUGUUGCUGUCAACAAAUCUUAAGAUGAAAAUGCUAAAGGAGUACGCUGAGCUACUUGGAGACAUAGAAGAGUUUUUGUCUUUUCCAUGGGGUCGUAUUGCAUUCGAUAUGCUGAUGACCAGUAUCAAAAAAAGGGAUGAGAUAUCCUUGUCUCAAGAUACCAUUGCGCUUAAAGGCUUUGCUCUAGCUCUCCAGCUUGUAAUUGUUGAAGCUGUCCCUGCUUUGACAGAAGUGGUUCAGGAUGCGUGUUCUUCUUCCGAAUCGGAAAGUGAUGAUGAUGAAAUAGAGUCCCCUGUUAGCAAGGCAAGGAGGAAGACUUUGAAUCCUGCCCACGCAAGGGAAGUAGACAGAAAAUCGGAGGUAAACAUCAUAUUUAACUGAAUAAUUAGUACUAAUAUUAUUACCUAUAUUAAUCGUGCUUGUAGUAAUUAUUUAACCGGAAUUGGAUACUUCCAUGUUGUGUAGGCUGUUGUGAACAGCAUUAUCCCCGAAGAUCCUCAUCGGCCACUCAAUGAUUCUGUUUUGGGUUGGCCAGACGAGGUGUUUGAUAUCAAAGUUGACAACCUUUUGAAGCUUAUAUUUCAAAAGUUUGUGUUCUCCAAAGAUAUGUUCAAAGGUGGAGUAACAAAAUCUGAUGUUGAGAAGAUGCGGGAAGACUCCAAACCAAAUGGCAAGAAGAAGCAGACCCGAGGGAAGGAGAAACAGAGCAUAGAAGCAGAAGAAGAUAAAAUUUCACCAAUUGUGCUUUCCCUUCUCAAACCUGAGCUCCAGCGGAUCGAAGGCAAAGUGUCGUCUGGCAUUGACUCCAUGAAACAGUUAGCUUUGUCAUCUGUACAGUACAAAGAUGACGUUCUAGCCACUGUGUCUGGAAUGAUAAAGCAAAUGAAAUCGGAAAUUCUGGUUUCACUUGCCCAGGGUCAUGCACAUGAGGUUUCAGGGUGUCACAAUAUCAUCCUGUCAGAUGGUCAUGUCUCGAAGCCAAGUUCUUCGAAACAACUAACCGGUCGAAGCGAGGCCGGUAAUGGGCAUGCUGCUUCAGAGUGUCACCCAAUCAAUCCGUCUUCUUCCAAUGCAUCUAUCCCACCUUGUUCCAACCAACCUGCAGUGGAAGGUGAUGACGAGAAUAACAGGGUGAUCGCUAAUGUGUUGGAAAAUCUCAGUCAUUAUUCAACUCCUCCUGGAUCACCCAACCAACCACCUGUAAGAAUCUUCCUGUAGUGCAUAACCGGUUAUUUGUAAGAAAGAAAUCACCGGCUAUUUGAAGAUAAAUCCGGCUUCAUGAUUGCCUCAUCAUAUAGAUUGAGUAAACAUAUAUUAAAUCCAUAAUUAUAAGUGUGUUACCGGUUUCAAUUAGUGUAUUCCGAUUUCACUUUUUAGGUUUCCGACGGACGUGGUCAAGACGAAAUCUCUUCACUACCAACCGGUGGUAAGCUGGGUGAAAGCAAACAUCAACUCAGGUCUAUAUCUCGUCCGGAACUUAAUGUAAGUAUGUCUAUAUUAAAUUUUGUAACUUACUACAUAUGUUGAUUUGGGUUACAGAUAUUUAUCAAAAUGUUGCUACCUUCAUAAUAUCUUUUAUUUUAAAGGGGACCCUCGUACUCGCCCAUCAAGAUAAAAAUACCAUUCCUCGACGUACUCCUCUUUUUGAAUUUAACAACGAAGCUUCCUCAGGAUCAAAACUGUUUGCCCCCGUCCAAAAAUGGCAGUCGAAACAAAAUCUCGCUUAUGCCGCUACAAACGUGAAUGUCGGAGAUAGCAGACCUCAAAUGAGUACACUAUCGGGGCACAGCGGAACGGAGGAUCGCCUUAGAUCAGAUUUCGAUCAACCAUCUUUCUCUUUGGGCCUGACUCAAGAGAAAGAUGCUUUACCCUCGCGUGAACACGAUCAGAUGGGAGAGAAUAAUACUCAUCAUGGUUUGGAGACGCAUCUAGAUACUUUCCUCUCUCGAAAAAGCAAGCGUAUCAAGACAGUCCCACAGUAUUUACUUAGCGGUUACCAGUGCGGGAGUAGCAUACUUAAUCGUGCUCGAGAAGGUCAACUUUGUGGGGGUAGCUAUUAUGAUAUGUCGGUUGUUCGUGACAAGUAUGCUCGACUGUCCACACUACUUAAGAAACCUUGUUUUAUAAACGUUGGUGGACUCUCGGUUACCCAUAAAGACCUUAUUGAUAUAGCGGACAGAACUCGUUUGUUACCUGGCAAGGCAAGUUAUUAUUUUAAAACUGAUCUACGGAGAAGUGGAGUAUAUUUAUGACACCAGCUAACUGUAAAUUCAGGUCGUAGAUAUUCUUAUGAGGGUUGUCCGAUCCACCUUCGAUAAUCAUUGUAUCGGUAAAGUGGACAUAAGUGCUGCGUUUCUGGACAGUCGGUUUGCAGCAUUGUUGUGUAGGAACCAUGCAAAAUUCAAGAAGCAAAAGAAUAAGGGUGCUUUCCUAUUCAGCAAGAGUCUAGUAGAUGGGCUCGCUAAUAGCUGUCAGGCUUUUACCCCUGGAACCCGUUUUUACUUUCCAAUAUGCAUCAGAAAAGAGCACUGGAUAGGAUUAUGUCUGGAUUUCAGUGCAUCAAAGCUUUAUGUUUUUGAUUGCAACCCUGACUUAAACGAGGAUUCUGCACUUCGGCAAUCUCUUCUGCCUAUCUCAGAAAUGUUUCCUCUACUGGUAAAACAAUCUUCCAUAUCUAUUGCGGGUGUUGAUACUCCCCUGAUUGUAGAAAGGAUUCAAGGUGUUGCCAAGAAUGAAAACCCUGGCGAAGCGGCUAUCACAGCAACCCUCCUGAUUCAAACACAUUCCUUGUUUGGUUCUGACCCAUGCCGUGGGAUAACUCCGUCAAUUAUCACCGAUGAAGCACAUAGAGCGGCUGUUAUGAUAUACGAGUUUCAUGCCAAGUUGUAGGACGACUUUCUUUUUUACUGAGGAUCUAAUAUUAUAUGUUACUGCUAUGUAAUGCUU